GCUCUGAGAGGAAACAUUUGCUGAGAACCAAGAGUUGGGCUACAAGACAUUGUAGGCUACCAGGAGUUGAAAUGGGUCUUCCAGCCUUGGGUCUGAUACCGUUUUUGGGGCCCCUUGCGUUUCCAGUAGCAUUGGGAACAGCCGCAAUAGGGGGAUUUAUAUUGAUUAAGGCGAUUCAUAAUAAACCGUCGUAUCAUCCAGGAACUCCAAAAAUAACACGUUCCGUGACGGUAAAGUCAAAUAAAGCUUCUGGAAAUGAACCCACUGGAAAUGCUGCCAGCAAGAACACAGAAGGACAUAGUCGCAGCGAUGAAACUACGAUCAUAAUUGCUUACGGCCUUGGAGUUGUUGACACUUAUAAAAAUGUUAAAAAAGGUCGACCAUCUCAGUUUGGUCCGGGUAAUCAUCGCAUAGCAGAAGCAGACCAUAUACCACCAUUGGCUUCUCUGAGGAUAGCCCGAAACCAUGAACGACUGGAUCGUCUCCUACAAGUGAAUCCAAGGCUUCAUGAGAUGAUCAUGAGCCUUGAUUAUGACCCAACUGGACAGAGCCUGUUAACCAUGAGGGUUCUUUACCAGGAUCACAGAGAUGCUCUGACCACUGGAAACAGCAGGGAAUCUCAAGUAGCCAGUCGUCUGCUGGCAGAGACAAUCCUAGACGGAGAUGCUGCAGUUAUGCUAAGGAAGGCUUUUAUCAUGGGUCAUCCUAUAUCUUCUCGGCAGCUCAGAGAAGAUGCAGGAUUGGUCACAUCAUAUACCGAAGGUAACAUUGACAUGUCUGAUGAAGGAACAAGGUACUACUACAGAAAUGGCUACAUUGAGCUGGUCAAAGCGUACCAAAAGAAGGGGAUAAUCAACAAGAAUCAAGCACAGAAGCUGAUUUCAUGGGUGGAAAGAGACAUGCACCUGGACCGGGAUACCCAAGAGUAUGAGGAGAUCCUUGAUUAUAUUAAACGUCAUGUUCAUGUUUUCCGGUGGUAGAAAUGGCAAACAAAACUAGGCAAUACUGAGUAAAUACAGAUUGUGUACUCUAACAGGAGUUCCCAAGUUAAAAAGGUUUCUAUGAUAUGCAAAUUAUGGAAUUCAGUAUUGUUGGAUUCUAGCUUGAAAUAUACUUAUUAAUGUUACCAUUCUAGAACUUAUUGAUUACUUUACAUGUAUAAGGAAUGUAUAUGUUGGGAUCAAUGAAGGGUAGAUAGGGACUUGGUGUAGAAAGUUCAUAUUCUGUUCCAUGUUUCUAAGGAGGGAGUCGAAGGGCAAUAGUUAGUCUCUGAUAAGGCAGGCCAGCUGCGGAACUAGGGAGAAGCGAGGAAUGCGUCUCGAGGUCAAGUCAACAGCUGAAGUGAGAAGAAACCUCUGGGAGGCGGGCCAGAGAGGCCCACCACAAUGACUCUCCUACAGUCUUAUCUCACACAUACUGUACACUUCCACGCAUGAAGGUUUUAGUAUGAGGCAGGGGUAUGACUACACCAGUGAGAGGAACCAAUUAAGUUCCUGCCUAGCAACAGAGAUGUAUUGGCUGUCUAGAUGUGUAAGGAGUUGUCCCCGCCUAUUAGAAGGUUAUAAAUAUGUGUUUGUGUAAUCAUGCCUUGUCUUUGCAGCUGUAUGACCCAGUGGGUGAAUAAACUUGGUUUGAGUUUGUUCAGAACCUAACAGUGUUAAUAUCAUAAUGAGGAGUAUCAUUUAUUGCUGAUAAUUGUUGAAACGUUUUUGUUUUUGCCUAUGUAUAGUCGGUGCUUGGUUGAUUAUGUUCAGCAGUGUACUUGUAGUAGAUCCUGUCUGCCUGUUGCAUUGGUAAAUGUAUAGCCUAUAGAUUCUCAACAAAAUGUUUAGAUUUCCUGAUUCUCCUCAUUUAUUGUAACAUUAUGCAGUAUGCAUUAGUUCAAAUGUAUGGCAAAAAAUAUUGAUUAAAAGAUCACCUAUUUUGGAAGCAGCAAA